GCAAAAGGAAGCUUAAUUGUGACAAAUGGCAGCAACUCACAGCAAUGGGUCUGAACUAACUAUACAGGAUUUAGCACUAGUUGAGACAGUACUCAAGGAAGCAAUGUUUGGACCAGUUAGCUGGGAACAGCUUGGACUAGCUCUAGGAAUCUACAUCACCACACUGAAUGUUAUUGAAAAAGAGAAAGGUGAUAGUACAGACUAUUUGAGAAAAACUCUACAACAGUGGCUUAAUAAAGUGGAUAAAGUCAAGGACACAAGAUGGCCGACAUUGAUAAAAGCAGUUAGGAGUACUGGAGACAAUGCAGCUGCUGAUAGAAUGCCUAAUGCUAUUAAGAAACACAGAAAAGGUAUACGGAUAUACAUAGACCGUAUAUGUCAAAAGAAUGAAUGACAUUGUACAUGAAUACCAGUACAUGGACAUUGCAUCAUUAUGACAUAUGACUA